AUGAGUGUCCAACAGCCGCCGCCGCCGCCACCGGUGGGAGAGGCUGCCGGCAGCCCUGGAGACGGGAAUGGGACCGGGAGCGAGCACAGCCCGGGAAGCAGGGCGAGCGGGAAGCGACACGUCUAUUUGCACGCCACAUGGCGCACCGGCUCAUCUUUCCUGGGAGAACUGUUCAAUCAGCACCCGGAUGUUUUCUACCUGUACGAGCCCAUGUGGCACUUGUGGCAAGCGCUCUACCCCGGCGACGCGCUGAGCCUGCAGGGCGCCCUCCGGGACAUGUUGCGCUCUCUCUUCCGCUGCGACUUCUCGGUACUGCGCCUCUACGCGACGCCGCCGGCCGGCCGCGACCCGCUCAUACCCUUCCCCGCCUCCUUCGGGGCCAACUCGGACAGCGGGAGCGGCAACCUUAGCACGGCGAGCAUUUUCGGGUGGCGGACCAACAAGGUGAUCUGCUCCGCGCCUUUUUGUCGCCACGCUGCCCGGGCCCGCGCCGACGUGGGCCUCGUCGACAGCAACGCCUGCGAGCGGAGCUGCCCGCCGCGAGCGCUGCGGGAGCUGGAAGCCGAGUGCCGAAAGUACCCGGUGAUGGUGAUCAAGGACGUGAGGCUGCUGGAACUGGGGGCGCUCCUGCCGCUGCUGCAGGACCCGGACCUCAACCUGCACGUCAUCCAGCUUUUCCGCGACCCCCGCGCCGUCCAUAAUUCUCGGCUCAAGGCCAAGCAGGGGCUGCUCCGGGAGAGCAUUCAGGUACUGCGGAGCCGGUACCACGCCGAGUUCCGAGGACUGCCCCGCCGGCAGCUCCUUCUGCCCGCGGCCGCCGCGGCAAUCGCCGGGGUCGGCGGUGGAGCCGUCCGAGCACACUCGCAGCACCGAGCCGAAUUCUUCCUGGGCGGCGCCCUCGAAGUGAUCUGCCAGGCCUGGCUGCGGGACUUGAUCUUCUCUCGCCGGGCCCCGGCCUGGCUGCGCAGCCGGUACACGCAAGUGCGCUACGAGGACCUGGUGCUGGAGCCGCGUGCCCAGUUGCGCCGCUUACUGCGUUUCGUGGACCUUCCCGCGCCGCCCGCCCUCGAGGCCUUCAUCUUCAACAUGACCCGCGGGGCCGCCUACUCCUCGGAGCGCCCCUUCCUUAUCUCCGCCCGCGAUGCGCGGGAGGCCAUCCACGCCUGGCGGGAGCGGCUCAGCCGUGAGCAGGUGCAGCAGGUGGAGGCUACCUGCGGUGAGGCCAUGAGUCUCCUCUCCUACCCGCUCAGCGACGAAAAGGGCGUUCGGCGUGACUCCGCUAGGGGACGCCCCAGCGCUUCUCCUCAUCCAGCAACAACCCCGUGAGGUGAGUUGGGCUGAG